UGGCAACCCCACACUCAUUGAUCUAGGCGCUGCCACGCGAUUUUCGAGGGAAAACAUCAUCUGAUAAGACGUUCUUCAGGGCUGAUUUUAAACUAUGGGCGAAAAAGAAUCAUUUAACAGAAUUCGCCAAAAUAAAACUUUCCUCUUGGAGACUUUAUCUGAAGAUCCCGAAAUCAUCUUGCAGCAUGUGCAGCAGGCUAAUCUUAUUACUCAACGUGAUUACAGGAACCUCUCAGAUAUUACUAAAAGAGAGGAGAAAGUCAUCAACCUACUUGACAAACUCAUGGGAAAGGGGGAGGAUACUUGUCGCCAGUUCAUAUACCUUUUAAGACAGGACUGUAUAUUGGAAUUUUUUCCAAAAUUAAAGGAUCAUGCCGUUAUUGCUUUUCCAGCCAUGCCACACACCUCUCCAGUGCAGGAGGUCUCUCAAUACAAAAUAGAACAAAAUCCACGUGGUAUCUGCGUAAUCAUCAAUAAUGUAGAUUUUGCAACCAUGGAUGAAAGAAGGGGAUCAGAUGAGGACCAAAAGAGUCUUGCCGAAGUUUUCCGCUGGCUGGGGUUUGAGGUGGUGGCGCACAGAAAUAAAACUGCAGCUGAGAUGAAGAAUCUCCUCAAGGACGUGGGGAAGACAGUAGAUGGAGACUGCUUUGUGUGCUGCAUCCUCUCGCAUGGCAUAAAGGAAGGAGUCUGUGGAACCGAUGGUGCUGUUAUUUCUGUUGAUGAAAUACGAGAGCCUUUCGAUGGCAAUAACUGCCAGAGGCUAGCCGGCAAGCCCAAGCUGUUUGUCAUACAAGCAUGUCGUGGGAAAAGAAAUCAGCAACGUGUGCAUGUCCAAGCGGAUGCUCCAGAUGAUGGAGAGUCAGAGAUGGAGGAAGACGGUGAUGAUUUUGAUAUCACAAUCCCGGCUGACACGGAUUUCCUUAUUGCCAGGUCAACCACUGAUGGUCACCUUUCUUAUAGAAGGCCAAAAGAGGGCUCCUGGUUUAUUCAGUCACUUUGCCGAAAUCUAAAGCAGCAUUGUCCAAUGGGUACAGACAUCCAGACCAUCCUGCUUACUGUGAAUAAUGAGGUUAGUAGUCAGGGAAUCAUGAGCAAACAGAUGCCCGUCCAAGAAGUCGCCAUGAGGAAGAUGCUGGUCCUGCUGCCAGUGUGAACCACUGAAAGCUCCUACAGCAUACAGCAUUGUUUGAUAUGCGUUAUGGUUUUAUAGAAUAAUUUAUAAGGCAGUCUAUACUUUACUAUUACAUUCAUGUGUCUUACAUUCCAGUUUGUUUUUAAAUCAGGAAUGGGACAGUUUA